GGAAACACGGUCAAGAAAAAUGCAAACAACAAACAUCGGCAAACAGGAGUUCAAAUAUGGCGUCCAACCUGUUGGCAGUUUUUGACUUUGACCACACUCUUGUGGAUGGUAACACAGACACUUGGAUUACAAAACUGUAUGAAGACGCAAGACAUCUACAAAAUAAUCAAGACUUGUGUUGGACUGACAUAAUGGCUGAAGUAUUUCGUACACUACAUGAGAAAAAGUUCACAAAACUGGACUUUGAACAUUGCCUUCAAAGUUUACCAUUCACUGAAGGAAUGAAAGAGUUGCUUAGUUUUAUUUCGACCCAAAACAUUCAAUGUGCAAUUAUAUCAGAUUCGAAUUCUUAUUUCAUUAAAUACCUAUUGGAGUUUGGUAAUGUUAUGCAUUGUGUGAAAGAGAUAUAUUCCAACCCAGCAAACUGGACUGAUUCCCAACUUUUAACCAUAAAGCAUUACCACACUCAUAACUGUGGUCAAUGCCCUAUUAAUAUGUGUAAAGGAGAUAUAUUAAAGUCGUAUAUCAGGAAUACUGAUUCAGCAGAGAAAACCAUCCUGUACAUAGGUGAUGGUCGAAAUGAUUAUUGUGCAACUCUACAAAUGAAACCAAGUGAUUAUGUAUUUGCAAGAGAAGGCUAUCGCUUAUUGAAAUUGCUCAAGCAGAGUGUACAAAUACUACAAAAAACUCAACCGAUUGUUAUACCAUGGACAACUGGCUUUGAUAUUUUAUCAGAGGUGAAGAGUAUUGUCGAGGAACAGGAGUGAAAUGUCAAACAAUUGAAUAACUAUACAAUAUUUGUUUCUGAAAAGGAUGACUAAUAUAAACCAUUUUAAUUAAUCCAUAUUUGAAUCAUUCAUGUAUAAUUACAAAAAUUAGUUUUCACAUAUUGUUAAAAUUUCAUCACCUUUAUACAAGUUAUUCUGUUUCAAAUGGUUACAUUAACUCAACAGUACCAUUCUUGUUCUUGUACAGUCAACUAUAAACACUCAACAUGUACAUUUACACUUGCGUUACUUUGUACAUUUAGUACCAUUGUUUGUGAGAAUAUUACAUGCUUUUAUGUUGCACCUCCUAUCAUAUUACUGGCUGGUGUAAGUUGCACUCAAAGCGGCUUGAGUUAAAUUCCACACUGGUCAAAUCUAAGUUAGCCAGGGACAACUAAACUAUUUUUAUGUGAUGUAAAACAAAGAUGCA